UUCUCAUUCACACCAGACACUUCGAAAUCUCUCAACAAGAACCCCAAAAUAAAAAAAAAACACAUUUUCAAGAAAUACAAAAUAUCUCUCUGUAAUUAAUGUCGAUGAUGGCGGGAACACAAUCUGACUACGCUUUUCUUGACUCGAUACGGCGACACUUGCUUGGUGAAACAGAGAUGCGACUCAGUGAGUCGAUUACGAGUUCAGUGGAGCAGUCUUGUACUACAGGUAACAGCGUCGUUAAACCUGUGUACGGACGAAACCCUAGCUUCGGCAAGUUGUAUCCUUGCUUCACCGAGAGCUGGGGAGACUUGCCCUUGAAAGAGAACGAUUCAGAGGACAUGUUAGUUUACGGUAUCCUCAACGACGCUUUUCACGGCGGUUGGGAGCCGUCUUCUUCUUCUUCCGACGAAGAUCGCAGCUCUUUUCCGGCGGUUAAAGUGGAGAGUCCGGAGAGUUUCAGUUUCGGGGCGGUGGAUUCUGUUCCGGCGAAGAAAGAGACGAGUCCGGUGGUUCCUGUAGCGGCUGCGGUGGCGAAGGGAAAGCAUUACAGAGGAGUGAGGCAAAGGCCGUGGGGGAAAUUUGCGGCGGAGAUAAGAGAUCCGGCGAAGAACGGAGCUAGGGUUUGGUUAGGAACGUUUGAGACGGCGGAGGACGCGGCGUUGGCUUACGACAGAGCUGCCUUUAGGAUGCGUGGCUCCCGCGCUUUGUUGAAUUUCCCGUUGAGAGUUAAUUCGGGAGAACCCGACCCGGUUCGGAUCAAGUCCAAGAGAGCUUCUUCUUCCGAAAAUGGAGCUCCCAAGAAGAGAAGAACGGUGGCCGCCGGUGAUGGAGCGGUUAAGGGAUUGACGGUGAAGUGCGAGAUGGUUGAAGUAACACGUGGCGAUCGGUUAUUGGUUUUGUAAAAGUUUUGAUUUUUCUUUGUUGGGUUAUUAUGAUUUUCUUCGCAAAAGGAAGAACGUUAAUAAGAAAUUCGUUUAUUAUUAUUA